UUUAUAACUUAGUUGGUUUAUAAUAGUCACAGAAAUCGAUCGGUGAAUGAGUGUUAUUUGUUGUGAUUGUUAUUAAAGAAAUUACAGAAAUAGUGUGUAUUCGUGCAACAUAAAUGAAGAAGAUGUCGCAGGGUAAGAUCGUGUUGAUGGCGUGUGGCAGUUUCAGCCCGCCAACAUACAUGCAUCUUAGAAUGUUUGAAAUAGCCAAAGAUUACAUCCAUUCCUUGGGUAUGGGUACAGUGGUCGGUGGGAUAGUGUCUCCUGUGCACGACGCGUAUGGGAAAAAGGACUUAGUUGCAGCGCAUCAUAGGAUAGCGAUGUUGAAGCUGGCGCUGCGCUCGUCGCAGUGGAUCAAGGUGUCUGAGUGGGAGACGCAGCAGGGCGGUUGGACCCGCACCAGGGUUUCCAUGCAGUACCAUCAGGACACGAUAAACAGCCACCUGUACCCGGUCAUAGACAACGCGGAGCCGCCAUCUUGGCUUCCGGAUGACAUAUUGAACGUCAACAGCGACAUGUGCGACAGAGAAAGCGAUAUCGACAAGCUGCACGAUGGAGAGAGAGUCACUAUCAAGUUGCUCUGUGGCGCCGAUCUGUUGGAGUCGUUCGCCACGCCUGGACUCUGGAGCGAUGAAGACUUGGAGACAAUAGUGGGUAGACACGGGCUGAUAGUGGUGACGCGGGCGGGCAGUGACCCCGGCCGGUUCGUGUACGAGUCAGACAUGCUGCACAAAUAUAGGAAAAACGUAACUCUAGUAACGAACUACAUAGCUAACGAAGUGAGCUCCACUGUUAUAAGAAGGCUAGUGAGACGCGGCGAGAGUGCUAAAUAUUUGACAGACGAUGCAGUGUUGUCAUAUAUACGGACGCACAGGCUGUACGGUAGCGAUUCCUUGACCAGUGUCACGGCUGCCCGCUGUAGCUGGGGUGUUGCGCGCCCCGCGACCGACCUUUCCGGGAGUGACUGUCGCGCCACAGUCGCCGGACAGUCGUCCGACCAUAGCGGUCCGCAACGCGCGCGCCUUGACAACUCUAAUCAUAACUGAUUUGUUUUUGUUUAAAAUAGUUUGGAGUGGAAAUUGGAGGCAACCGUAGGAAUGCAAUGAAAACUAUAUUAUUAGUACUUUCGAAAGACAUAUAAGUUCUUCAAAAGAUUGUGAAUGUGGAAUGAAUAAGGAAAGAUGACAUAUAUUGGUCAAAUGAAAUUGUAUGAAAUGUGUAUAGAGGGUUUUCAUUCUUCGGUUACCUCCAGUUCACUUUCAGCUUCAAGUUUUUAGGUCCGACGUUUCCCUGGGACAAAACAACAUCUAAAGGUACACUCGGAUCUUUUUUAUGGGUAUUCCAUUUCAAAUUUAAUCUUUCUAACCGAUUGGCAGUACUGUCUCGCAGACACUGCUUGAACUAAAGGUUCAAGCAGUUACUAACAAUAUCCUUCUGAGACCCAGAUUCCCAGACGCUAUAAUUACAUAUUGGCCCCGAUUCCUGGAGACACCGCCUAAUUUUAUUUUAAGUUAUAUCCGUCAUUUUCAUAUCCGUCGAAAAGGAAAGGGACGGAUGAUUCACAGCUCUUAAUUUUAGGAAGAAUGGGUAAAUUAAUGUGUCGGGUUAUUGACUGACGUAAAAUUUUUAGACGGUUGGUUUAGAUUUGUGCUUAAAAUUGACGUGUGUUCCAUAAAUUUUAUGCUUGUCGAUUACCCGUCCCUUUCCUUUUCGGCGGAUAAGAAAAUGACAGAUAUAACUUAAAAUAAAAUUAGAUGGUAUUUACAGGAAUUAGCACCAGUUUAACACCACACAGCAGAGGUCUGAGUGUAACAAAGAUUAUUUACCCCAAGGAUAGGCCGGAUCAUAGCGAGUCGGUCACUGUGUUGGUGUUUUAAUUUUAUAUAAAUUAUUAUUGUUUUCUUAGCUUUUUGAAAUUCCAGUAUAUUAUGUAAUAUUUUUGUUUAAGAUCAAGUAACUUCCCUUAUACUUGGAAUCGGGGCUUGGUUUACCGAUAAAUAAAUAAUUUUAAAAGGUAAAAGCUUUAAUAAAUUAAAAUCUACAUCGCACAGCCAUACUCGGCUUAAGCCGAUUAAAAUUAUCUUUAUGGGUUUGAGGAUGGUAACACUCUAACGUAAGUUCAGCGUUGCUGUUUCUGUCCAAUGACGGUCACGGCUUAAAUUACCGUUUCUGGCUUAAGCCGUUUUUUUGUUGUUGUUAAAGUUUAAAAAAGUUUAAACGUUUUUAAAGUUGAUUCUAUUUUCUUUUGUCAAUAUAAUAAAAGUGUAGGUGUAUUAUUCGGAGCAAUUACUUUUAGUUUUUACUUACAAUAUUAAUACAUCAAACACAAUGACUUACUCUUAUUACUCGUAAUAUAUUUUUAUUUGAAUUUUAUCUCAACUAUAAUUUAAAUUAAAUUUAUUUUUUAUAUCAGACGGGUUUACUGUAUCUCCAUAGUGUUGAGGAAUGAUAUUAAAUUAGAAUUUGUAUUUGAGUGUUGAAGUUUGUCAUAAUUAUAAUGGUUAAUGAUGAGCUUCUUGAGGUGCCAUUGAUAUUUGGUAAAAUGUGUACGUACAAACUGGGCAUUUCAGUAAACCAGUGUUAUUUAAUUACUUUUUCGAGGUUAGAGCUAAAAUUCUUAUAUUCAAGAAUUUUGCUUUAAUCGACGUUACUUCAUUCCCUCUAUCGGCGUACGUGUCGUUUUGUCAGCCAGUCACAUUUUUUUUAAAUUUAAAAAAUAUUUAAGUACGCUUAUAUUUGACCUACACAAAAUAUAUUUUGAUAACAAUUCAGGAAAAACUUAAAUGAAUACUAUCCUGAAUACGUACGUAUUUUAGUUUGACUGGCUGGCAGAAUAUUUAAGUUUAUUUUUAUAAAUCAUUUAUGUCUUCUGCUACAUAUAAAGUGGGUUAUUCAGUAAAAACUUCUAGUGUUAGUUUAUAAGUAAUAAUAUCUAAAGGAAGCUUAGUUAGAAUUAACUCUUGCUUAAAAACUUAAAGACUGCUUUCAAAUAAAAUAAUUUUGUUUACUGAAUAACUCAGGAGUGUAAUUCUGGUAUAAAAUUUUAUGAAUUUUGUCAUUGAUACAAAAACCGCGGGUGAGAGCUUCCAGCGCUCCCCAUUUGUCCGGCCAAGUAGUUAAUGCCAUCUGCGGCAAAUCUACAAUAAGUUACGUCAAAAAACAAAAAAAACAAAAACCGCAAAGUGUAAGUGAAAAGGAGUUGUCGCCAGUAUUUUAGACAGAGGGAACGCUAUGGCUUUUCGUUUUAUGGUGUUUACUUAUUUCUAAACCCCCGACGCGACGAGGUAACACCCCCACCACAAGUUUCAUCCCUUUGUCAGCUGGCGCCAUCGUAGGUCCAGAAGGGAAGGUCCGGUUUGGCUGCGGUUUUUUUUUAAAUUUUCUUUCCGACUAAAUAAAGGAAGAAUUUUGUAUCAGAAUUGUAUUCAAAUAUUUUUAAUGGAAUGCGUAAAUCAUGUUUAGUUCAAAUUUUGUGAUAGCUUGCAUGCAUUUAAAUUAAAAAUUACGAGAGAUGUCCAUUUUGACAUUUUCUUAACAUCACGGUUUUCAUCAAUUUUCUUUGCUGGCUUCCUUUUUUUAUGACGGUUAUGGCCUGGAAUCAAGUCCUUUGAGCCAAUGCUGGCUUCCGUUUACUAUUGAGUGUGACCGCUGUGAAAAUGGUCUUAUCUCGUGAUUUUUACUGUAAUCCUAGAUUACUUGCCUGUAUUUUUUUAUGUAGAUUUUUACGGCUAAAUCUCAAGACAGACAGGCCGGUACCGGAAUUGAUUCGAGGCCGGUAGGCAGGUACCGUUGCUGUGUGUACCUUAAAAUAUAAGGGUUCUUAGAAUGGUUAAUUUAUCAAUUUCGGCCAUUUUAAUUCAAUGGUAAAAUGGAAUAAUAAUUGAAAAUUGAGGGUUGGUUUAAUUUAUUUUAUAUGGUAAACGUGGCUAAAAUGGCUCUAUUGACACAUUUUUUUUUAUCUAUAGAUACCUACGUAAUCUUGUAUCCUUAUAAAGCCUUGUCUUUUAUAGUGUCUGAAAAUAUAGAGAAAGACGUGUCUAUUUAAAUAUUUUGUCUUAUUUUUAUUUUUUUUUAUACAUAUGAAAUAUGUACUUACUAUAAUUUUAAGGAUCUGAAAAAAAAAAUGUUUUUAUUGUCACAAAAUUUUAUUUAUGAAUUAUUAUAAAAAUAAUUGUUCCUGUUAUUUUGUAACUUAGAAUUGUGGGUUGUAUAAUUUAUUGAUUGUGGUAUAAAUACAAAUGCUAUGAAUAGGCAUUUAUAGCAUCUUAUAUAGUUAACAUUACGACUUAUUUCCCGUAAAUAUAUGUAUAAAAAAAACAUAAACUAUAUAUAUAAUAUAAUAAAUAGUAGCUUGAAUCCACUACUACUCAGGAUGUUAGUGUCACCGUACCGAAUACUGAGGGGGAUGAUUCAGAUCAUGAUUCUGAGUUAAUAUCAAGUGGAAUUUACUAGCGCAACAGUAGAAAAAUUAAAAAAAAAAAAACCAUGAAUUAUCGCCCUCUGUAUUCGGUAUGGUACGGUGUUACUAACACCCUGUAGAAUUGUUAUAACUCUUAACGCAACUUAUAGUCAGUUCCAAAUUCAAAUAUGUAUAAUCAUAAGCAUGUUCUAAAUAAAAUAGUAAAUACAAUGCACUUGGUAAUAUAAACUGUUAGUACUUGAAAAAAAGGCUUAAAACGUAUACAAUCGUAAAGCUUUACCAGAAACAGAAAAAAAACCCCAUAACUUUUAAUUGUUUAUGGAAUUAUUAUUCCUGUGAAUCGCCAAUAAAACAACCAUAAUAAAUUGUCUACAAUGUCUUCAAGAUCUGUUUAAUUUAUAACUUAAACUAUAAAAAGAUUUUUAAUUUAUAAAUUUUUCGUAUCCUGACAGUUGUUUAAAAAUAUAUUUCUGUAUUUUUUUUUGUUUCUGGCUGGGUUAUAUUAAACAUUUUAGACUUAACUAAGUACUUAAUGAUGAACAGAAAAACAUUCCGAAAUAUUAAAUAAUAUAAUAAAAAAAACAAUUGAUUAAUUUUGACAGAUUUAUAAUCACUUUUAUCGUAUAUUAACGAAGACAACUAAUGAGCAUUGGUGACUAUUCAGGCACACAAACAAAAACUUAACCUAGUUUUCAUUUGACAGUCUAUAUAAACUACACACACGUGGUCAUCUCACACUCACACUGGGUGAGUGUGGGGAAACCUUCUGGGGCUCCUGCCCCUUAAGGUUGCUCUCCUUGCCUUCCGCAACUACGGAAGGGUCCCUAUGUACUGGCCCCGCCUUCGCGGUCUAGCCCACCGGGUGAGACCCCGUUGGGGGAGGCCCAGUGAGCCGCCUGCGUUUAGGCGCGGGCUGGUCUUCAUACAUAUAUAAACUAGCGCCGUCCUUCACUACUUAUACGUGCAAGAAAGAGAUGGAGCUAGUUUUGAUCCUGUCAAAUUAAGUUAAAGUAGGUGGUUGUCCGAAUCGAAACCAAUAUGGUUUUAAAUCUGUCUA